UCCCCCCCGUGGGGGCGGGGCUUGGCCUCAGCUGCGGCGCGUGGUUCCGGAAGCCGCGCGAAGCCCGAGGCCCCCGGUUCGUGGCUGCCAUGGCCGAGCGUUAAACCGAGACCGGGCACUGUAACAACGGCGACUAUCUCCUUGCGGAGGCCCCUGGUGCAGAGCGCAGUGAGCAGUGCACCACCCCGUGCGAGCCCCCCCCCCCCGCCCCACCUGGACGAGCUCGCUGAUCUUGUGGAGGUCGUCGUCGCUGCCGCCGCCCCCCUUCUUCUUCUUCUGCGGAGACGUUGCCUCCUGGAGCACCAACAUCCGCUCGGUAUGACCGCCCCUCAGCCCAGGCCGCACGAGCGGAAGGUGGCGCCGUCCGCCGGCGACGACGAGGAGGAGGACCCGGUGGACGCGAUGAUCGCGCGCACCGGCUGCGCCGCGUCGCACUACGCCGUGCAGGAGUGCAUGGCGGCCACGCGCGACUGGCGCCGCUGCCAGCCGCAGGUCGCCGCGCUGCGCGACUGCAUGCGCGAGCACCAGCGCCGUGCCGCACCGGAGACCCCGCGGCCGUGAGCGGCGUGGCGGGGGGGGGAGUCUCACCAGCUGGAGGAUCUGCGUGGCGCAGAGGUGAACCUUCCAGCCCUGCGCCUUGUUGGUGACGCCCGCCUGGCUCGACAGCUCCUGCAGGCUCGGCUUCUUCUCCUCUGUGGCAUGCGGGGGACACACGCAGGGACACACGGGCGGAGGAGACGCAUGUGAACACGUGUACGUGGUGGUUGUGCCGGACGCCUGUGCCCAAGGGGUGAGUGCGUGGCGCCGUACAGAAUAAACCCUGCACCGUGUGCAUGCUUAUUCG